GGUGAUCGCCCUGAUGACGCUGUGCUGCUACAACCUUGGUGGAUGGGUGCCUGAGCACCUCGCGAGUGCUGGCUGCGCGACGCAGGGCGACGGCGUAAUGGCGCACGGAUGCUAACAAUAUGAUAGCUCAGCAGCGCACAAACAAGCAACUGAGAGAGCACCAAGUCUUGCAAAGUUGCAAGCCAUCGACGGAACCCGUACGCAAGACGGCGGCUCCUCUUUGAUAGUUUAGGAUUCUUGUGGCCCGUUGUAUCUCCCCGAGGCCGUAGCAGACGGCAGGAGCGAUUCGUCAAAACUCAGUUUUCAAUGUGUGCUGGCUAGCUUAUCCAAGCUCUGGGCGGCACGCGCGUGCAUCAAUACGUGCCACCACGACAUACAACUGCUCUCAAGACACCGCGUUUUCGACCAGCGACGCCGCGCUGGCAAAAAAACUACGCAGCUAGCAGUAAUCAUGGCUCGGCGCUGCUUGCUCUCCUUCGCACUGCUGCAAACGGCCGCCGCGCUGGCCCCGGUCGUGCCCAGGCACCGAUCCCUGACGCGGCCGACGCGGCUGCGCGGCAUGUUCGACUUCAUUGCGGACGCUUUUAAAAACGAGCAGUUCGACGACCGCCGCGCGACGGCGCGCCACAUCCUCGUCAAGACGCUCGACGAGUGCGAUAGCGUCAUGGGCGAGAUCGCCCAGGGGAUGCCCUUCGCCGACGCCGCGGCGAAGUUCUCGACCUGCCCGAGCGCCAAGAGCGGCGGGUCGCUCGGGUCCUUCGAGCCCGGGAAGAUGGUCCGGGAGUUCGACGAGGUCUGCUUUGAUCCGGACGUGCCGGUCGGCGAGGUGACGGGCCCCGUGCGCACGCAGUUCGGCUACCACCUCAUCCUGGUCGAGGACCGGUUCCAGAACAUGGACCGGACCGAGGGGUCGGGCGUCUUCUAAAGAUAAAUAC